AUGGUUUCCACCCACACCGACUCCGGUCACUCUCAGGUCGAAGAGAAGACCGCGGGCUCAGAUAUCAACUUGAAGCCAAACACCAGUCAUCAGGAGGUCACUCGAACUGAAGCUGAUGAGACAGGAGGCUUUGAACAUGGCAAUACUCCGAUGACCUUUCGCCGAUUUAUGGGCUUUACAGCCAUGGCUUUCUUGUGGACAGGCAGUCAGAUCCCUGUUUAUCUCUUUGGCGGCAUCCCACCUAUUAUCUAUGGCGAUAUCGGCGGUGUGGAUAGAUGGGUUUGGUUUGUCCUUGCAAAUCUACUGGCUCUGGCUGGUGUUUGCCCAUUUGUUGGCUCUCUCUCUGACCUCAUCGGACGCCGCUAUGUUGCUCUGAUUGGCGCUGCACUGGUUACCAUUGGAAUGAUUGUCUGCACCACGGCGCAGAGUAUGAACGCCUUCAUAGCCGGGAUGGGCGUUGCAGGUGCCGGUGCAGGAGUCAACGAGCUGACGGCCCUGGCUGCGACAGCUGAGAUGGCACCGACCCGCCAGCGAGGCAAAUACGUUGCUGUUCUAAUCUUUACCAUUGCUCCCUUUGCACCCUCAGUUUUAUGGGCUCAGCUAAUCGCUGAUGCGGGUAACUGGCGGCAUGUCGGUGCGUUUUGCACGGCAUGGAGCGGCCUUGCUUUUGUCAUUACUGCCCUCUUCUAUUUCCCUCCACCACGAGUCAACUCGGAGGGACUCAGCAGGGCUGAUAUUGUGAAGCGGAUUGAUUUCGUCGGCGGCUUCCUCAGCAUUACCGGUCUGAUUCUCUUUAUGGCUGGCAUGCAGUGGGGUGGAUACCAGUAUGACUGGGGUUCUGCGCACGUCCUCGCUCCCCUUAUUCUCGGCUUCCUCAUGCUAGUGGCCUUUGGCUUCUGGGAAGUCUAUGGUGCCGAAUAUCCCAUCUUCCCCAGUCGGCUGAAGCAGGAACCUCGCACCCUUGGCUUGACGCUUGUUAUAACAUUUAUCUCCGGAGCGAACUUCUUCUCAGUCCUCAUGUUCUGGCCUACGCAGGCAUUCAACGUAUAUGGCCACGAUCCUACUGGCGUUGGCAUUCGCGGUCUCCCCAUCGGUUUCGGAAUCAUGGGCGGCGCCUGUAUUGUCCUGUGGCUGCUCAGUGUUUUCCGUGGCCACAAUAAGGAGCUUAUGAUUGCUAGCAGUGUCUUGAUGACAGCGGGAUGCGGUGCUUUGUCCAUCGCAACACCCGAUAACAUGGAUAAACUUUGGGGCCUCUUAUUUCUUGCGGGACUUGGAAUUGGUGGAAUCGUGGUCCCAGCCUCAAUCAUCACAACCAUCAUCUGCCCUGAUGACCUAAUCGCCACCAUCUCCGCCCUAACGCUCUCCAUUCGCGUUGUCGGCGGCAGCAUCGGGUACACAAUCUACUACAACGUCUUCAUCAACAAAUUCAUCCCCAACGCCGAACACUACAUUGGCGGUGUCAUGGUAACUCAGCUCAAUAUAACCGACGUCGCCCUCAUCACCGAGGCCAUUGAAUUCACGGGCGCCUCGCUUCUCGAGGCUCUGCACCAUAUCCCUGGCAUUGAGGGUAAUCAGGCGGCGUACGACGCCGUUGUGAAGGCGGGCCAGAUCGCGUACUCGGAGAGUUACAAGUGGGUGUACUAUGCGAGCAUUGGGUUUGGCGGUGUUUCGAUCUUGGCUGCGUGCUUCUUGGGCGAGAUUGCGAGUUAUAUGGAUGAUCAUGUUGCUGUUGUGAUGCACUAG